GGAACAGUGGUUUGUCCUGCAAUUAAUAAACCUCAACGAUGCUGUAUGUGAAUUUAUUCGCACUUCUGCUGACGCAGCAGCUGUUGGCAAGCAUAGAAUCCGCCGUCAUACCUGUUUUGGACAAUGUGACGAGAAAUUCCUCUGGUGUCGGGAUGUCAUUCGAGGAAGAAAUGGUGGAUACCUAUGCAACCUCUCUGGGCUAUGGCUAUAAUGAUUCCGUGAUGAUGCUACCUUGGCCCGAGACUAUUUCGGUGAACGAAUACUACAAUGAGACCCAAACGCAAGCAGAAAAACAGUUAUUCCACACACUUACAAAUGAGACUGAACCUUUAACUACGUCCUCCUCCGAGGAAGUCCUAUCCGAGUCGGCCUACGAGACAACGAACAAUGGCACUGAGGAUGAGGAUUCCUUGGUUAACGAAGAAGAUCAGACGGAGCAGCUGACCGAAGUAACUGAAUUACAAUCGUCUCUGACUAGGAAUAUUUCCGUUUCCGAGGAUUCCAGUUACGAGUCCUCCACGAAUUCAGCACAAAACCAGACUGAACAUCUGACUACGUCGUUCGAGGAGGAACGCCUAUCCGAGUCGGCCUACGAGACAAAGAACAACGGCUCUGAUGAUGGGAUUUCCCUGUUGAAAGAAAACCAGGUAUGGUUUCACCACUGCGCUACCAUCCGUACGGCUUCACCAUUAUACGCAUCAACGCUCUAUUCGAAAUCGGAGUGUGUGGUAGUUUCUAUGUGCUCAGGUGUCCUUGCUUUUAUAGAAAUGAAAUUACGUGAUCCUAGCUAA